CUAGUAGUGGAUCAAUAACUGCAUAGGAAGAAAAAAUUACAAAAGGUUCUUCAUCCUCAUGGUGUUUGCUCUUCUCUUGCUUAUUCUGCAGUGGGCUGUUGGGAUGCUUGUGCUGAUACUGUGUUUUGUUGAGAGAAGGAGAUUUUCUGCUGAAAUUGUUUCAAAGCUGGGUAGUAGCUUUUCCUUGGCACCCUUUAUCAUUGUGGUGGCUGUGUGCACUUUAUUAGCCAUGGUUGCUACUCUUCCAGUUGCACAACUUUUCUUCUUCCAUAUUCUUUUAAUAAAAAAGGGAAUCAGCACCUAUGAUUACAUUAUUGCUUUGAGGAGCAAGAUCAGGAGCAGGAGCAACUUGCUGUUGGUGGGCAGCAAAGUCCGCAAAUGUCCCAAGUGA